UAUAGAAAUGGGAUGUUGCGGUGAAGAUGAGGAAGAAAUCCUCCAACCACUCCAUCAACAACAAACCCCAACGCUACACUCAUCCUCUUCCGUGGCAUCUGCAGCUGCCGGUGAUGAUUCAUACACCACCAUAUCUCCGAUGAAUUCUAAUUUUCCGGCUUUAGUUUGUAAAGAUAUCCUGCGAACGAUCUUCGAAAAGCUACCAGUGGUAGAUCUAGCGCGGUCCGCGUGUGUAUGUAGGUUGUGGAGUUCAGUGGCUUCUGAUAGGGAGAUUCAGGUUAGGGCUUUCAAGGCCCCAUGGAAACUGAAGGACGUGAUAGGGAAACCUAGCUCUGGUAGCUUCUGGAGAGAUAAUAGUUUAAGCCGAUUCGCUAUUUCACAUCGUUUGGUUCGCGGUGACACUGUCGCUAGCCUCGCUGUCAAGUAUACCGUUCAGGUUACGGACAUAAAACGCCUGAACAACAUGAUGAGUGACCAUGGGAUACAUUCAAGGGACAGAUUGUUAAUCCCUGUAAGCACGCCAAACAUCCUCAUUGAUGGCUCAUGCUAUAUAGAAUUGGAUGCUCAUUCUAAGAGGGAAGUGGCAGUGUUGUAUCUGGAAGGUGGACCUGAUAGAGUGGUGGCUAGUGUGUCAAAAAAGGUGACUUCCGAGCGAGGAAAGAGAAGGGUAAUCGACUCUUUGAGAAGGAGCAUGCAUGUUGAUGAUGGUACUGCCCAGUACUACUUAUCUUUAUCAAAUGGUGAUCCCCGAGGUGCCAUAAUGGAAUUUUCCGAGGAUAUUAGGUGGGAGAGGCAGGUGCAUUUGGCUUAAGCGAUCAUACAGUCAAUGUUAUCCCCUUAUGGGAAUUUAGGAACAUGGUAAACCCUGCUGGAAUCCCAUGUGUCAACCUUUCAAUAAUCCACAAAUCCUCCUAGUAUAUAGGAAAACCAAAAUGUUAUCAACACUGCUGAAGAAAAUGAAUGAUCGUACCUGCCUUUUUGCUUUUCAGCACACCAUCGUCAACUUCUUACAGAAUGCUUUUAAGAAUUCUUUCAGGUGUUAUAACAGAAGUUGAAGCAUAAAGAUACGAUCAACUAUGUGUGUGAGUGAACUGUGUGUAUCUACCUUUCUUUCUAUGUAGAUACUACUUGAAGCUGUAAUGGUCUAAAUGUAUGUCUUGCCUUCCCUAUCAAUUGGACAUCACCUUUUACCUUUUUCAAUC